AGCGCCGUGAAGCGUCGGGAUGCCGACUGCCGAAGUUAUUUAAGUAACCCAGCUUACUUAGUCUCCCAGUCGCGGGUGUUACUUGGAGAAUCUAACAUCGACAACAAAAUGGCGGACAAAGAGAAGAAGAUCAAGAAGAAGAAGAAGGAAGACACCGGAGAUGCUCCCGCACCCGCCGCCGAGACUAGGACCUCAUCGAAAAGCUCCUCCAAGAAAGCCAAGAGAUCCGGCUCCAACGUCUUCUCCAUGUUCUCCCAAGCCCAAGUAGCUGAAUUCAAAGAGGCUUUCCAACUCAUGGAUCAUGACAAAGAUGGCAUCAUCACUAAGAGUGACCUGAGGGCCACCUUCGACGCCGUUGGCAAACUCUCCAGCGAGAAGGAACUCGACGAGAUGAUCAACGAAGCCCCUGGUCCGAUCAACUUCACCCAGUUGUUGGGACUUUUCGGUAACCGCAUGGCCGAUUCCGGCGGUACUGAUGAUGAUGAUGUUGUUGUUGCCGCCUUCAAAAGCUUCGACGAGAACGGUACCAUCGAUGGAGAAAGAUUCCGUCACGCCCUCAUGACCUGGGGAGAGAAAUUCUCCGCCAAAGAAGUUGAUGACGCCUUCGAUGCCAUGGAUAUCGAUGACAAUGGCAGAAUCGACACCCAGUCUCUCAUCACUCUUCUAACUGCCGCGCAGGAAGAAGGGGAAGGUGAAGCAGCCUAA